CUGAUAAACGAAACUCGGCAGAGAAUAUUUUCGUUUACAUGGAUGGCUUUGUUGUUUGAUGAUAUGUCAUCAAAGGUUUUCUAUUGAAUAUUUACGCUUGCAUGCAAAUACGCUGAGGAUCGUCCCUUUUGAAGUUUCGGCAUGGCACUGCCACCACAAGCGCAGUUAGCGUAUCGAUAUACUUCACAGCUUUCACAGCAAAUGCCAGUGCAGUCUGCAGCUGCCUCCUCUCUGGCGUAUCGGCUGAGGUCGCCUCUGCCAUACAAUAACCAGCCGUACGGCACCGUUCAGUAUCCUUCGAUGCCUCCACCGGUCUCUUCUUCGUCCAAUUCUGGACCCUUUGUGCAAUCCACACAUGGCCAUCCAGGCUUCAACCCUGUCAAACUGGGCUUGCACUCUGACAACCGCGUGCCAAAGCCACCGAAGCCGCCGGACAAGCCUCUGCAGCCGUACAUGAGGUACAGUCGCAAGGUGUGGGAUCAGGUGAAGAAUGCUCACCAGGACAGCAAGCUGUGGGAGAUCGGCAAGAUUAUCGGGCAGAUGUGGCGAGAGCUGCCGGAGGCCGACAAACAGAUCUUCACGGAGGAGUACGAACUCGAGAAGGCUGAGUAUGCAGAGGCCAUGAAGGCGUACCACAACUCGCCGGCGUAUCAGGCUUUCAUCGCCGCGAAGGGAAGAGCCCAGCAAGCUCAAGAAGAACGAGAUGCUAUGGAGAAAACAAUGGGACCAAAGUCGAAAGAUGCGCGGAUCAGCAUUCAGCCAGCAGAGGAUGAAGAUGUGCCAGCGGCUGUGAUCGAAUGUGUUGAGGGUUUACAGGAGAAGCUGGAGAGUGAGCUAGAGCAGAUCGAGGACAAGUUCAAGACCAAGAAACGCAAAUUCAUCGAGUCGAGCGACACUUUCAAAGAUGAUCUCAAGAAGGCGUGUGAGAAGAAGGUGGACAGGGAAAUGUACCUUCAGCUGCUGGAGAAGGCACAGCAGCAGCUGCAGGAGCACCUCCAGAGACAGAAGGCGGGCGCGGAGAAACAGCCACAGGACGGUGGCGCCCCCAGCCCGGGCGACGCCGCGGCUCCGCCGGCAGCUACCGCCGAGGCGCAGCAAGCCAGCGAUGAGGAGUCGCAUGCAUCGGAUGAUAGGACAGCUUCCGAGAACACAGAUUCAGCGGCCGAUCAGAAGAAAGCGGAAGAGAAAGCCGAGCCUAUGGAAGUGUCGCCACCUGCAGGCAGCGAUGAGAAGAAAUCUGGCGAACCCGCAGCGGCCGAGAGCGAACCCAACGAGCCGACGGACACGCACGCUGCAGAGGGCAGCACCGUUGCUGAGUCAACGACCGACGUUGCACAGACAUGAAUCAGGGAGCGUUGUUGACGUGGCGGCUCCGUCGAUGUGGGCGGGUCGUGUUUACGCGGUGGUUGUCGUAAUAAUGCGGAUAGACUGUCGAACGUGGUGAUCGUGCGACGUGCAGCGUAACCGUGGCGAUGGGUCCUGUGAGCGAGUCAUCUUCGUUAGCGUUGUCUACAUUUUCGUUAGCAUUGUCUACAUCUUCGUUAGCAUUGUCUACAUCUUCGUUAGCAUUGUCUGUAUCUUCGCUAGCGUUGUCUACAUCUCCUAAUAUAUGAUCGUUGUGGAAUCCAUGCGCGCAGUCAACAUUUGAUGUCGGGCCUGUAUUUGUGUCGAUUUACAUUUUAAUUUAGUAUUGUGGCACCAUCUAGCGAAUCAUUAUUUCUCGCAUCACUGCAUGAAAAGGAAUCUCUCUCACUUAUGUAUACACACAACGGAGACCAUGAAAAUUGCAAACUCGAGUUGCGCGUGAAAUUUAUAAAUUGAGCCUUAAUUUAUAACUGCAGAAUUUGGAAAGAAAACUUAAUGGGGAAAAUUUAUCGAAUAAAUGAACUGCAAAUUAGAUUCGGAUAUACUGCUAUACUGUAAAGUAUAAUUUGCGAUCAACUAGAUGACCAAUAAAGCUUACUUAUGGAUGGAAUACGGCAGUGUGAACGUUUAAUGUAAACGUAUUUAAUCUCGCCGUUUUACCUGACUAUUCAGCUGAGAUGUGGGCCAAUGCUGUCAUCAUUUAUAACCGCUUACAAUACCAUACGAUAGUGUUGUAUCCUGCGGCAAACACAGAUUGGCCUGAUGUUGUGACCUCAUUAAUAAUUGUAAUUCAUCCGUACGUUAUUGCUGUUGUGUCUGUGAGUGUGUGUGCGUGUUCGAGGGUGUCUUUGUUUUGCUGUCAGAAUUUCACCGCCAGACGUCCGUCAGGGAGUUCUAGCGUUGCUGUAUCGUUGUUUGUAAUCUGGUACCUGCGGGGCUGAAUCAAUAAAACUGACGGUGAUUAUAUUAUUCAAA